GUUUCUACACGGAAUAUUACCAAUGAAACACCCGUCAACUUACGAGCUGUUUACUUUCAGCAGCUCGUGAUAUUCUAACGUAUAUCAUGUGGAAUGGAGCUUCAGGAGAAAAUACCUGUUCGGAUAUUUACAGAAGUAGAUAAGGACGUGUUUCUGCGAGAUAUCUACCCGGAGCGCAGACCAGCCGUCCUGAGAGGCUUGUGUCUGGGACCAUGUCUGGAGAAGUGGACGGUGGAGUAUCUGGGAGAGAGAGGUGGAGACAAGGAGGUGAAGAUCCACGUGUCCACUCAACCACAGAUGGACUUCCUCCACAAAAACUUUGCAUACAAGACUCUGCCAUUCAAAGAGUUUGUGAAAAGGGCAUCUGAAAGGAAGCACUCUGACUUCUUCUUGUGUGAGGAUGAGAGCUAUUACCUUCGAUCCCUGGGAGAGGACGUUCGAAAGGAGCCGGCUGAUCUGAGCAAACAGUUCCCGGACUUGGCGCAAGAUUUUCACAUCCCACAGUACUUUGAACCCCAUCAGUUCUUCUCCAGUGUCUUCCGCAUCAGCUCGUGUGGUCUGCAGCUGUGGACGCACUAUGACGUGAUGGACAACCUGCUGGCUCAGGUGACAGGGAGGAAGAGAGUGGCUCUUUAUAGCCCCCAAGAUGCAUUGCACCUCUACCUGUCAGGGGAUAAAUCUGAGGUACUGGACAUCGAAUGCCCAGACCUGAAUCAGUUUCCUGAGUUUGUGAAAGCAAAAAGAUAUGACUGUGUGCUGGAACCCGGGGAUCUGCUCUUCAUACCUGCGCUGUGGUUCCACAACACGCUGGCCCUGCAGUUUGGAGUUGGCGUCAAUGUGUUCUGGCGCCACCUUCCUGCCGACAGCUACGACCGAAAGGACCCGUACGGUAACAAAGAUCCCGUCGCCGCGACUCGGGCCCUUCAGGCGCUAGAGAAGGCGCUGCACACUCUGGACCAGCUGCCAGAAGAUUAUCGGGACUUUUACGGACGCCGGAUGGUCCAACGCGUCCAAAAGCGGACGUACUGUGACGGUCCGUCCAGCACGAUUACACAGGACUCUGCAGCCAAUUCGCCAAACCCAGAUGAGGUUAUAGAGAAAUCAACCAAUAAAACAUCAGCGUGGCACUCAUGUCAUGCUUAGUUUGACUUCUGGAGCAAGUGGAUGUUUGGAUGACAAAAGACAUCAAUAAGAGGUCAUAGGCUUUAUAAGAAGUAAUGCUUUAAUAAAAAUACUUUAUGGUCUGUCUGACUCUAGAUGGACCGUCAUUUAAUGAAUGAAAAUCAUGCUGUAUAGACAUGAAACUAGAGAUUGAGACCAUAAAGUCAUGUUUACAAUGCUUACUGAGGGAAUAAAUAAAAAAUGUCCUUCUCUACUUCUAUAGAACUAGACUUCUCUCUGCAAAGGGAGGAGUUUGUUUAAUAUAAGGACAGGUUCUGAAACAUGUUCUAUAGGAAAGAUAUCUUUAAAUUACCUCCACUCUUGAGAAAUUCUCAGGGGGGGCAGGGUGCCGCUAAAUUAAUAGUGGGAGAAACACUGCCACCAGUCAGAACCAAAAGUUGGCUCCUGAAUGGGGACAACUUCCAGGAAAGAGAAAAUCUAUACAUUAUUCCUACCCCUAUCCCUGUUUUGUCCCUGACAAAAUAUUAUGAGGUCUUUCGUGCUGCUCCAGAGACGAUUCAUUGGGAGAGAUGUUCUAGAUGCUCAAAAGCCAGGAGAAUGUUACAUUUGCUGAUUGACAACACUAAGAUAGGAUGAAGCUCUUUUAGGUGUGAAGAUGCUCUGUGGUUCCUUCCUCUGUAUUCUCGCUGAGAGAGCAGCUCCUGUUUAAAUACUGUACGAUAAUAUAGAAUAAAUGACUCUACUAUACUGUGGCGACCCUCCUACUCAGCUGGCUGUGUUCCUGCUCUGCCAGGGGUUUACCUGUGGGUGAAGCUCAAACACCAAUCACUCGGAUCGGGACACAGCGCUUCGGGAGUGUUUAUCUCAGCAGGGCCUGCUGCACCAGGCUCACCCAGACCAACAAUAAAACAGAAUCUGGAAAAUG